UGGAGCGCCGUAAAGCUUUUCCCACCGUCGUGAAAUGUAGUCGCCCCUCGUAUCCGGUGGCCUAGUUCCGGCCCUGGCUGGGCGGGGAGUGGGGUCGCCUAGCAGCGGCCGCCGCUUUGGCUCGUUCAGGAGGAAGAGUUGGCGGGAGCGGGAGUGCGCGAGGACAGCGCCUGGAGGAGAGGAGGCCCCGGGCGGCGGCCGAACCCGCAGUGGCGUUCUCUAUAGAUGAGCGACUGCCGCAGGUUGCAAGGCUUGGUUUAGAUGCUGAAAUCCGCCUGUUUUGUUGUAUGAGCUGAAAGACGGGGAAAGAAUUCAAGAUGCCACCUAACAUAAACUGGAAAGAAUUAAUCAAAGUAGAUCCAGAUGACCUACCACGCCAAGAAGAGUUGGCAGAUAAUUUAUUGGUUUCCUUAUCCAAGGUGGAAGUGAAUGAACUAAAAGAUGAAGAUCAAGACAACGUGAUCCAUCUAUUCAGAAUUACUCAGUCACUAAUGAAGAUGAAAGCUCAGGAAGUAGAGUUAGCUUUGGAAGAAGUUGAAAAGGCUGGAGAAGAACAAGCAAAAUUUGAAAAUCAACUAAAGACGAAAGUAAUGAAACUGGAAAAUGAACUGGAGAUGGCUCAGCAGUCUGCAGGGGGACGUGAUACUCGGUUUUUACGUGAUGAAAUUCGCCAACUGGAAAAGCAAUUGGAACAAAAAGAUAGAGAAUUAGAGGAUAUGGAAAAAGAGUUGGAUAAAGAAAAGAAAGUUAAUGAACAAUUGGCUCUUCGAAAUGAGGAGGCGGAAAAUGAAAACAGCAAAUUAAGAAGAGAGAAUGAGCAGCUUCGUCAGGACAUUAUUGACUACCAGAAGCAGAUAGAUUCACAAAAGGAAUCACUUCUGUCAAGGAGAGGGGAAGACAAUGACUACAGAUCACAGUUAUCUAAAAAGAACUAUGAACUGGUCCAAUAUCUGGAUGAAAUUCAGACCUUAACAGAAGCUAAUGAGAAAAUUGAAGUUCAGAACCAAGAAAUGAGAAAAAAUCUGGAAGAGUCUGUACAGGAAAUGGAGAAGAUGACUGAUGAAUAUAACAGGAUGAAAGCUGUUGUGCAUCAGACAGACACUGUUAUGGACCAGAUAAAAAAAGAGAAUGAGCACUAUCGACUUCAAGUGCGAGAGCUCACAGAUCUUCUGAAAGCAAAGGAUGAAGAGGAUGAUCCCGUCAUGAUGGCUGUCAAUGCUAAAGUGGAAGAGUGGAAGUUAAUUUUGUCUUCUAAAGAUGAUGAAAUCAUUGAAUAUCAGCAAAUGUUACAUAAUCUGAGAGAGAAACUUAAAAAUGCCCAGCUUGAUGCCGAUAAAAGUAACAUCAUGGCUCUGAAACAGGGUAUUCAGGAACGAGACAGUCAAAUUAAAAUGCUAACUGAACAAGUAGAACAGUAUACAAAAGAAAUGGAAAAAAAUACUUUUAUUAUUGAAGAUUUGAAAAAUGAGCUCAAGAAAGACAAAGGUACUUCAAGCUUUCACCAACAGACGCAUUAUAUGAAAAUUCACUCCAAAGUACAAAUUUUAGAAGAGAAAACAAAAGAGGCUGAGAGAACAGCUGAACUGGCUGAGGCUGAUGCCAGGGAGAAGGAUAAAGAAUUGGUUGAGGCUCUGAAGAGAUUAAAAGAUUAUGAAUCUGGUGUUUAUGGCUUAGAAGAUGCUGUUAUUGAAAUAAAGCAUUGUAAAGCCCAAAUUAAAAUAAGAGAUGGAGAGAUUGAAGUAUUGACCAAGGAAAUCAAUAAGCUUGAGAUGAAAAUCAAUGAUGUCCUUGAUGAAAAUGAAGCCCUUAGAGAACGGGCUGGCCUUGAACCAAAGACAAUGAUUGAUUUAACUGAGUUUAGAAACAGCAAACGCUUGAAACAACAGCAGUACAGAGCUGAAAACCAGAUUCUUUUGAAAGAGAUUGAAAGUCUGGAGGAAGAACGACUUGAUUUGAAAAGAAAAAUUCGUCAAAUGGCUCAAGACAGAGGAAAGAGGAAUGCAGCCUCAGGAUUAACCACUGAGGACUUGAACCUAACUGAAAACUUUUCUCAGGAAGAUAAAAUAGAAGGAAAGUUAAAUUUUAUGAGCCUCAGAAGUAUGAAUGAAACACAAUCAAAGAAUGAAUUUCUUUCAAGAGAACUAAUUGAAAAGGAAAGAGAUUUAGAAAGAAGUAAGACAGUAAUUGCUAAAUUUCAGAAUAAAUUAAAAGAAUUAGUUGAAGAAAAUAAACAACUUGAGGAAGGUAUGAAAGAAAUUUUGCAAGCUAUUAAGGACAUGCAGAAGGACCCUGAUGUGAAAGGAGGUGAAACAUCUCUAAUCAUCCCAAGUCUUGAAAGACUGGUUAAUGCUAUAGAAUCAAAGAAUGCAGAAGGAAUCUUUGAUGCCAGUGUGCAUUUGAAAGCCCAAGUUGACCAGCUCACAGGACGGAAUGAAGAGCUAAGACAAGAACUCAGGGAAUCCCGGAAAGAGGCUAUCAGUUAUUCAGAGCAGUUGACAAAAGCAAUUUUAAAGAUUGAACAUCUGGAGAAAGAAACUGAUCUUCUGCGUCAGUCUGCAGGAUCCAAUGUAGUUUACAAAGGUGUAGACUUACCUGAUGGAGUAGCACCGUCAAGUGCCCAUAUCAUCAAUUCCCAGAAUGAAUAUCUAAUACACCUUUUGCAGGAACUAGACAAUAAAGAAAAGAAGCUAAAGCAGUUAGAAGAUUCUCUUGAAGAUUAUAACAGAAAAUUUGCAGUAAUUCGUCAUCAGCAGAGUCUGUUAUAUAAAGACUAUCUAAGUGAAAAGGAGACUUGGAAAACAGAAGCUGAGACAAUAAAAGAGGAGAAGAGGAAACUUGAGGAUCAAGUCCAGCAGGAUGCUGUGAAAAUAAAGGAGUAUAAUAACUUGCUCAGUGCCCUUGAGAUGGACUCAAAUGAAAUGAAGAAAAUGCUUUCAGAAAACAGCAGGAAAAUCACUGUUUUGCAAGUGAAUGAAAAGUCCCUCAUACGGCAGUAUACUACCUUAGUGGAAAUGGAGCGGCAGCUUAGAAAAGAAAAUGGGAAACACAAGAACGACUUAGUAUCAAUGGAAGCCGAAGUUACUGAAAAAAUUGGAAGUUUGCAAAGAUUUAAGGAAAUGGCUACCUUCAAAAUUGCAGCUCUCCAGAAAGUUGUAGAUAAUAGUGUUUCUCUCUCUGAACUAGAACUGGCCAAUAAACAGUACAAUGAACUGACUACUAAGUACAGGGACAUAUUGCAGAAAGAUAACAUGCUUGUUCAAAGAACAAGUAACUUAGAACACCUAGAGUGUGAAAACGCAUCUUUAAAAGAACAGAUGGAUGUUAUAAGUAAAGAACUAGAGAUUACAAAGGAAAAGCUGCAUACCAUUGAACAAGCCUGGGAACAAGAAACUAAAUUAGGAAAUGAAUCAAACAUGGAUAAGGCAAGGAAAUCAAUGACAAAUAGUGACAUUGUUUCUAUUUCAAAAAAAAUCACGGUGUUGGAGAUGAAGGAAUUAAAUGAACGGCAGAGGGCUGAACACUGUCAGAAAAUGUAUGAACAUUUACGGACUUCAUUAAAACAAAUGGAAGAACGUAAUUUUGAAUUGGAAACCAAAUUCACUGAGCUUACCAAAAUCAACCUGGAUGCACAGAAGGUGGAGCAGAUGCUGAGAGAUGAAUUAGCUGACAGUGUGAACAAGGCGGUGAGUGACGCGGACAGACAGCGGAUUCUGGAGUUGGAGAAGAGUGAGGUGGAACUCAAGGUCGAAGUGUCUAAACUGAAAGAGAUUUCUGAUAUUGCCAAAAGACAAGUUGAUUUUUUGAAUUUGCAACAACAGUCCAGGGAGAAGGAAGUGGAAUCCCUCAGAACACAGCUGCUAGACUACCAGGCACAAUCUGAUGAAAAGGCGCUAAUUGCCAAACUGCACCAACAUGUUGUGUCUCUUCAAAUUAGUGAGGCCACGGCUCUUGGUAAGUUGGAGACAGUUACAUCAAAACUCCAGAAGAUGGAGGCCUACAGUUUACGCUUGGAGCAGAAACUGGAUGAAAAAGAGCAGACUCUGUACUAUGCUCGCCUGGAAGGCAGAAACAGAGCGAAGCACCUGCGCCAGACCAUUCAGUCUCUACGAAGACAGUUCAGUGGAGCAUUACCCUUGGCUCAGCAGGAAAAGUUCUCCAAAACCAUGAUUCAGCUGCAGAAUGACAAACUGAAGAUAAUGCAAGAAAUGAGGGAUGCCCAACAAGAGCACAGAAACAUGGAAAACAAAACGCUGGAGAUGGAGUUAAAGUUGAAAGGCUUAGAAGAAUUGAUAAGCACUUUAAAAGAUGCCAGGGGGGCCCAAAAGGUAAUGAAUUGGCAUGUGAAAAUAGAAGAACUUCGCCUUCAGGAACUUAAACUAAAUCGAGAACUAGUCAAGGGUAAAGAAGAAAUCAAAUACUUGAAUAAUAUCAUCUCUGAAUAUGAGCAAACAAUCAACAGUCUUGAGGAAGAAAUUGUGCAGCAGAGCAAGUUUCAUGAAGAAAGACAAAUGGCGUGGGAUCAAAGAGAAGUUGAGCUGGAGCGCCAACUAGACGUUUUUGACCGUCAGCAAAAUGAAAUAUUCAGUGCAGCCCAAAAGUUUGAAGAGGCUACAGGAUCAAUGCCAGACCCCAGCUUGCCUCUUCCAAACCAACUUGAAAUUGCUCUAAGAAAAAUUAAAGAAAAUAUUCAAACAAUUCUUAAAACACAAGCAACUUGCAAGUCACUAGAAGAGAAACUAAAAGAAAAAGAAUCUGCUUUACGGUUGGCAGAGCAAAAUAUUCUGUCAAGAGACAAAGUAAUCAAUGAACUGAGGCUUCGAUUGCCUGCCACAGCUGAUCGAGAGAAACUUCUAGCUGAGCUAGACAGAAAAGAGCUGGAACCAAAAUCUCAUCACACAAUGAAAAUUGCCCACCAAACCAUUGCUAACAUGCAGGCAAGGUUAAAUCAAAAGGAAGAAGUCCUGAAGAAAUACCAGCAUCUUCUGGAAAAAGCCAGAGAGGAACAAAGAGAACUUGUUAAGAAGCAUGAGGAAGACCUUCAUGUUCUUCAUCACAAGUUAGAGCUACAGGCCGAUAGUUCACUCAAUAAGUUCAAGCAGACUGCUCAGGACUUAAUAAAACAGUCUCCUGUCCCAGUACCUACCAACAAGCAUUUCCUCCGUCUGGCUGAGAUGGAGCAGACAGUAGCAGAACAAGAUGACUCUCUGGCCUCACUUUUGACCAAACUCAAGAAAGUAUCAAAAGAUUUGGAAAGACAAAAGGAAAUCACUGAGUUAAAAGUCAGAGAAUUUGAAAAUACCAAAUUACGGCUCCAAGAAAACCAUGCAGGGGAGGUAAAGAAAGUAAGAGCAGAAGUCGAGGACUUACGGUGUGCUCUUGUCCAAGCACAAAAGGAAUCCCAGAGUCUGAAGUCUGAACUCCAGGCUCAGAGAGAAGCCAACUCAAGAGCUCCAACAACCACCAUGAGGAACCUAGUGGACAGACUCAAGAGCCAACUGGCCUUGAAAGAGAAGCAGCAAAAAGCACUUAGUCGAGCCCUGUUGGAACUCCGGGCAGAAAUGACAGCAGCAGCUGAGGAACGUAUUAUUGCCGUAACUUCUCAGAAAGAGGCAAAUCUCAAUGUCCAGCAGGUUGUUGAUCGACAUACUAAAGAGCUAAAGUCACAAAUUGAAGAUUUAAAUGAAAAUCUUGUAAAAUUGAAAGAAGCUCUUAAAACAAGUAAAAACAAGGAAAAUUCACUAGCUGAUGACUUAAAUGAUUUAAAUAAUGAGCUUCAAAAAAAGCAAAAAGCUUAUAAUAAAAUCCUUAGAGAGAAAGAUGGAAUUGAUCAAGAAAAUGAUGAACUAAGAAGACAGAUUAAAAGACUGUCCAGUGGGCUGCAGAGCAAACCUCUGCUUGAUAAUAAGCAAAGUUUAAUUGACGAACUUCAAAAGAAAGUUAAAAAACUUGAAAGCCAAUUGGAAAGAAAGGUGGAUGACAUCGACAUAAAACCCGUGAAGGAAAAGAGUGGUAGAGAAGAAUUAAUCAGGUGGGAAGAAGGUAAAAAGUGGCAAAUGAAAGUCGAGGGAAUGCGUAGCAAAUUAAAAGAGAAAGAAGGGGAAGUCCACAGUCUGACGAAGCAGCUGAAUACUUUAAAGGAGCUUUUCGCCAAAGCUGAUAGAGAGAAACUUACAUUGCAGAAGAAACUGAAAACAACAGGCAUGACUGUCGAUCAGGUUUUAGGAGUGCGAGCCUUGGAGUCGGAGAAAGAGUUGGAAGAGUUAAAAAAGAGAAAUCUGGACUUAGAAAACGACAUAUUAUACAUGAGGACCCACCAAGCUCUUCCUCGAGAUUCUGUUGUGGAAGACUUACAUUUACAAAAUAGAUACCUUCAAGAAAAGCUUCAUACAUUAGAAAAACAACUUUCAAAGGUUGCAUAUCCUCAGUCUUUGACUUCAGAAAUAGAGUCAGAUGAUCAUUGUCAAAAAGAACAAGAAGUGCAGAGGGAAAACUUGAAGUUGUCAUCAGAAAAUAUUGAACUGAAAUUUCAACUUGAACAAGCAAAUAAAGAUUUGCCGAGACUAAAGAAUCAAGUAAGAGAUUUGAAGGAAAUGUGUGAAUUUCUUAAGAAAGGAAAAAUGGAAGUUGAACGGAAACUUGGUCAGGUCAGAGGGUCUGGUAGAAGUGGAAAGACAAUCCCAGAGCUAGAAAAAACUAUUGGGUUAAUGAAGAAAGUAGUUGAAAAAGUCCAAAGAGAAAACGAACAAUUGAAAAAAGCAUCAGGCAUAAUGACUAGUGAAAAAAUGGCUAAUAUUGAAGCAGAAAAUGACAAAUUAAAGGCUGAAUUAGAAAAGCUGAAAGCUCACUUGGGACGUCAGUUGAGUGCGCAGUAUGAAUCCAAGAACAAAGGCACCGAGAGAAUUGUUGCUGAAAAUGAACGGCUUCGGAAAGAACUUAAGAAAGAAAUGGAAGCUUCUGAGAAACUGCGCAUAGCUAAGAACAACUUAGAGCUGCUCAAUGACAAGAUGGCAGCUCAGCUGGAGGAGACUGCCAAGAGAUUACAGUUUGCAGAAAGUCGAGGGCCGCAGCUGGAAGGUGCAGACAGCAAGAGCUGGAAGUCAAUUGUGGUCACAAGAAUGUAUGAGACCAAGAUGAAAGAAUUCGAAAGUGAUAUUGCCAAAAAGAAUCAAAGCAUUAUUGACCUUAAACAGCUUGUACGAGAAGCAACAGAGAGAGAACAGAAAGCUAAGAAAUACACAGAAGAUCUUGAACAACAGAUUGAGAUCCUCAAAAAUGUUCCUGAUGGUGUGGAGACAGAUGAAGGGCUUAUACAGGAACUCCAGCUCCUUAGAUUAGCCAACAGUCAGCUGGAUAAAGAAAAGGCAGAAUUAAUCCAUCAGAUAGAAGUCAACAAGGACCAUACUGGAGCAGAAAGCAGCACACCUGAUACUGGUCAACAAAAGGAAAAGAUAAAUGACCUGGAGACCCAGCUCAGAAAGUCAGACCUAGAAAAGCAGCAUUUGAAGGAGGAAAUUAAAAAGCUAAAAAAAGAACUGGAAAAUUUUGAUCCUUCAUUUUUUGAAGAAAUUGAAGACCUGAAGUACAAUUAUAAGGAAGAAGUGAAAAAAAAUAUUCUAUUAGAAGAGAAGUUACAAAAACUUUCCGAACAAUUUGGAUUCGAAUUACCGAGCCCUGUUGCAGCUUCUGAAGAGACAGAAGAUAGAGAAAGUCCUAAUAGUUUCCCUAUUUAUUAAAGACCACAUUUAACUGUAGAUUUAAAACUAUUUUAUAAGUUUAAAAGUUUCAGCUGGAAAUCAAGAAGUCUCUGAACUAUAGAAUUCAUCUCAAAAUACUGUAUUUUUGCUUAAAAAUAAAAAUUAUAUUUGGUUUUAACUUGGUAGAAAAGUAUUAUUUUUGAAGAUAUGAAUAAUUUAUGACUGUACAGUGCACAAUGAGCUAUGAUAGAUAUCUCUGUUUUUAUAAUGUCUUAAAUUUUCUAAAAGCAUAAAAGUAAGCUUAACAAUUUUACCAUUUAAAAUGGAAGUUUCAGAUGGAAUUAUUUUAUACUUAUUUUUGUGUUAAGAUAUUCAAAUCCCAUGGUUUCUUUAAAUACAGAUACAUAAAUGUUUAGAAUUUAUGUUUUGCCAAAUAGCAAAAUUAAAUAGACCUUUGAGUUAUUUUAACCUCUGUAAAAUAGCAGACUAUUUGCAAUAAUUCUAACUAUAUUUCCAUUUUAUACAUCAAGUAUUAUAUCUUUAAGUCGAUCAAAUUUCUGUUUAUCUAUUUUUGAAAACCGAUUAAACAAACACUCAUUAUCAAAUGCAUAGUCAUAUUUGUUCAGGUUCAGGUUAAUAAUAACUGGUUUGGAAUUCAUGUAAGUAUCUGGAAGUGGCCAGCAUAAACCAAGAUGAUGGCGAUGGACCUGUAAGAAGGAGAACAUGUGGCGUUAGCUUUGGUCUGUAAAUAGCAUCUUAAUUUACUUGUAAAUACUUACUUUGGGUGCCUGCUACCUGCCUGGGACAGUGUAAGGGUAUACCUUAGAUUACUCUUGUUUUAAUUAAAUGCCACAUUUGUUCUCUGACAUAGUGCUGUCUGUCUUUCCCAUUAGAACAUGAGCUUCCUGAAGGCAGAGAAAUUAUUUUGUUCACUCUGCCAGUACCUUAAAAAUGCCAGGAACAUAUUCAAGGGCUCCUCCAAAAUUUAAUGAAUAGAAGUGUCUUGGUGAACAUAAGAAGAAGAGAAAACUGUGAGCCAGAAUCUAGUAUUACCAAAGGGAAUAUCAGUGGUAGAAUGGCAGGGGAGUCUGGGAUUCCAGUUGGUUAGGACAUUGUUGGGUAGCCGGUUCCUCCACAUGAAAACAUCCUCUCCGGAGGGAGGUUCUUAACUCAGAAGGAAGCAAAGUUCACAAGUUUCAGGAAGAUCCCCAAAGCUUUGGAGAGUCCCAAGACACUGCAAGGUUACGAGAGCAGUAACAGUUGCUGGAGAGAAGGCUCUCCUUUUACCAGAGGUGCUGCCAGCCCCUGCAAGAUGUGCAGGGGGUCCCCAGAUGCCGCUUUUGUGAGUCAUCACUGAAGCUGGGGGGGGGGGGGCUUCUGAUUGAUGCUGCUGCCUCUGGGUCCGCCAUGCUCAUAAGCAGCUCCUCACCCACAUCCUGAAAUUAACCCCAAUAAAGUCACUGGCUCACUGAGCUCCACUUGGAUAGAAUCCUUUCUUAGGUCUGUCCUCAGCACGUUAUCUGUGGCAAAUGAAUGUUCCUGUCUCCCCAGGAGUAUACAGUCACACAAUAAACAUAAUUACAUUUCCACAGAUGCUAACGGAAAGCAGUUAGGGGAAGUUAAGAAGGGGCUGUACCAUGGAAAGUCUUAACGUACCUACACAGGCUUAUGCAAGACGUAAUGUCAUUCAUUUGUGAAGAAUGAACAUGAUGUGGGUAGAAAUGAAAAUGAAUGUUUUAGGGACCACAAUAUAGUAAUAAUUCAGGCAAAACUCUUGGCCUAAAUUAAAAUCAGCACCUAGUUGAGUGUAGAGAACAGACUUUUCAAGAACUGAACAACCAGAUGCAUGAAGCAGUGGGGAGAGAGCUUACAAACAAUGAAUCCAGGUUUCUAAUUUCAGUGAAUAAUGUGGAGCUAGGAGUGAUCAGAACAAUUCCGUUUUGAACACUGUGAAUGUCAUAUACCAGUGAGAAAUCAAGCAGAGAAGUCUAGGGAAAGGGCACUAAGCAUAAGAUAAUUCAUUCUGUGUAAGCUGCUACUUGGCACGUUUUUUACUCCACAGACUCCCUAAUAAGUUAGUUGAGGGAGUGCUGAGUUAAGAUAGGCACAGAGUGUGCCACAUGAACUCCCAGGAGGGGAGUGUGUUAUCACCUUAACUCGGAAGCACAUCCGGUAGAGCCAAUGCCCAGCCAAACACCACCAUCUGUGUACUGUGCACUCUGACACUCCCAUAAACUCAAUGCUGUUUUAGCAUAUAAAAAUGAUAGGAAUUAUACUAACUGCAUGCCAAAAUUAAUAAAAAUCUACCCAGAGAAUCUGAGUGUCGCAUCUUUAUUUGAAGAACAGAAUCCAAA